AUGGAUGGAUCAAAUCUCACUUCAGAUGGAUAAAAAGAACUUUAAAGUUUUUUGAAUUUUUUCAAUCUCAAGAAAUAAGAAUCAAUGAGAGAAAUAGAAUUAGAAUUUAAGGAUUUUUCAAAAUUUUAAGUGCAAGACACUUUAUAUAAUAAGGAUGAUGUUUAAGAACUUCUUAAGAAAUUAGAGAGUAGUUUAGAAGUACUAAUGAAUAAAGAAGUGUCUAAAAUAAUUUAUAUGUGUGGAGUUUAUGUUAAAAUAUUUUUAUCUGUAUGUUCUGAUCAAGAUUUUCAUGCAGAUUUUAAUUUCAUAGAGAAUGUGUAUUUAACAUUCUAAUUAUAGUAAAAUUAUCGAAUAGAUGAAAAUACUAGAGAAAGGAGGUACCAUUGUUGAAGAUAAACCACUUUAGAGUAAAAUUAGAUAUUCUAGAUUGCCAACAAUUGAUACUGUUUUAUAAAGUAAGAUGAUCAUCUUAUUUGAUAAGAAUAAAUGGAGGAAAUGUCAAAAGAGAAUGAUUUCUUAAAAUAGUAUAAUCAAAAAUUAUAGAAUGAAUUGGUCUUACUUAAAAAAGAAUAGGUUUUAGAUGCAGAUUAAGUAGGUACAUAUCAAGAUUAAAUAAAUUAAUUAAAAUAAGAGAAUGAGUAAUUGAAAUAAGAAUUGGAAAAGAAAUUAAAUGAUUGUGUACAAUUCAAAACUCUUAAAUAGAUGAUAUAAGAAAAGAAUCAACAGAUUAAAGAAUUAUAAAUGAAGUUAUAAUGA